CACACUCUUGAAAACUAGUGGGAAUAAGCCGUAUGAAUAUUAUUGUUUGUAAUACGAAAUGUCUCGAAUCAAUUAUUUGCAAAACAGUGUUUCUCAAAAAUUAUUUUUACUGAUAAUUUUUUGAGAUUAAUCUCUAUUUUAAUAUAAUUAUUUAGUUUCAAUAUACUUUUCAACAUAUAAUGUCUAGUGUGUAAUAUAAAUGAAUGUGUAGUUUACGAAUAACAAUCAAAUAUUAUCAUAAAAAUAGUGAUUGUUCAUUGGUAUAAACAACAAAAUGAAUAUCGUUAGAAUAAAUUCGAAAAAUGUAUUUUUUAUUAUAUUUGCUUUGAUAUCUAAUACAAUUCGCGAGGCCAAUACAGGAUAUGAAGGGAUGUUGAGUUCUGCUUAUACAAAUGUAACACCCGCAAAUAGUAAUAAAAAGGAUGAUAAUUUUGGGACAUGUUCAGUAGGAAAAUUAUGCUCUGAAUUAGGAGGAAAUUGUUUAAAGUGUGAUAUAAAUCCAAAUUGUGUUUAUGGAUCAACAUAUUCCAUUAAUUGUACAGCUCCUGAUGUGAUUGAUUGUUUAGGUGACAGAUCGUUUACAAAGCAAUACAUCUGUAGAUAUUGUUAUCAAACAGAAAAUUGGGAACAUAAGUGUCAUUUAAAAAAUUCUUGCAGUUCUGUAGCUUCACCUUUACAAUAUUACAGGACAAAUUGUACGGUCAAUAACGAUAUAAUAUGCUUAGGAAGACGAAAAUUCAUGAAAAAUUUACGAUGUAAUUGGACAGGGGGAUAUCGAUGGUCUACUGCCCUUAUAUUGAGUAUAACUCUAGGUGGCUUUGGUGCCGACAGAUUUUAUUUGGGUCAUUGGCAAGAAGGCAUAGGAAAAUUAUUUAGCUUCGGUGGAUUAGGUGUAUGGACAUUGAUUGAUGUUAUGCUCAUUUCGAUGCGAUACCUAGGUCCUGCUGAUGGUUCACUAUAUAUUUAGUGAUGACUAAAGCAAAUUAUUCCAUUUUAUUCAUAAUUUUAUUUAAUUUCAUAAGAACAUAAAAAAAUGCUUUAUUUCAUAAAAACCUUCAAUAUAAAUAAGGAUAAAGUAAAUUAUUUUCAAAUAUCUUUUCUAUUUACAUCAAUAUCUUAU